AUGACCCGAGUAGGAAGGAAACGACAACAUCACUGUAUUCGAGAUGUCAAGCGAGCCACCAGGACUAGAGCACGUACAAGAGAUUUAGACCAGAUAUUUGAGGAUAUGGCUAAACCAGUUGAAGUAUUCAAGAAUGUUCCACAAGAUACAGACUUGCCUGGAAUGGGUCAAAACUACUGCAUCGAGUGUGCUCGCCAUUUCAUCAAUAGCUCAGCACUUUUAGACCAUCAGACAACAAAAUUGCACAAGAAAAGAGUCAAGGUUUUGGCAACUGGAAAGGCAUAUACUCAAAAGGAAGCAGAGGAAGCAGUUGGAUUAACCACAGACAAUGGACCACUGCGAUCAUAA